AUGCAAUUCCUCAACUACGCAAAGUCUCUAGCCGCUGUAUACAGGCCACUUACACUGGGCGUAGCUCGACUCAACCUUUCACCACCGACCUUCAGCACAUACUCAUUCGCGGCGAUGGCGGCCACACGGCGAUCCGCGCGCAUCAGCAACAAGGCGAGCACCCAAGGAGCGGCCGAAGCAGCAAAGACUGCCACAAAAGCAGCCCCAAAUCCUCCAAAGGAGAACAAGCGGAAGAGAAAGGCAGCUCCUGAGCCCGAGCCCUCGGCGCCCAAAACACCAACCAAGAAGCAGCGCCCAGCUGCUCCCCCCUUAACGCCCACCACCAGCGUCGCAGCCCUCAAUGGCACCAAAGGCACUGCCCACAAGUCCGUCACUCGCCUCGCAGACCCCAGAUUCUCCAAUGCGACGCUGCUGUCCCCGGAGACGUCGCGAAUAGUCGCCUCGCGCGAUGUGGAAGCGGUGUCGCCGUCAAAAGCGCCGUCAAUCGGUCUCAAGCCUACGACCACGGCCACAAUCCUGCAGGAGGCGUGCGACCAUCUGAUCAAGGUUGAUGAGCGUAUGCGGCCCUUGGUUGAGAAGCAUCACUGCCGCAGCUUCUCCCCCGAAGGACUUGCGGAGAAGAUUGACCCGUUUGAGAGCCUGGUGAGCAGCAUCAUAUCGCAGCAGGUCUCCGGCGCGGCGGCCAAGUCCAUCCAGAACAAGUUCAUUGCCCUCUUCUACCCAGAGGACGGCGAUGCGUCUUCUCAACCUGCCGACGGCGACGCUUCGUCCAAGAAGAGAUUUCCGAUCCCGUCCGAAGUUGCAGCAUGCUCAAUCGAGCGGCUGCGCACCGCCGGCCUCUCGCAGCGCAAGGCAGAGUACGUGCAGGGCCUCGCCGAGAAGUUUGCCAGUGGCGAGAUCACGGCCCAGAUGCUCCACGACGCGCCUUAUGACGAGCUCAUGGAGAGGCUCAUCGCCGUUCGUGGGCUGGGCAAGUGGUCCGUCGAGAUGUUUGCCUGCUUUGCCCUUAAACGAAUGGACGUCUUUUCCCUGGGCGACCUGGGCGUUCAGAGAGGCAUGGCCGCCUUUGUCGGACGAGAUGUAGCCAAGCUCAAGAGCAAGGGAGGCAAAUGGAAAUACAUGUCUGAGCAAGACAUGGUGGAACUGUCGGACAAGUUCGCACCGUAUCGGAGUUUGUUUAUGUGGUACAUGUGGAAGGUUGAGGAAACUGAUGUUAGUACCAUGGAGAAAUAA